GUCAGUCAGCGCCUCUGUCCGUCAGUUGGGCGGCAGGCAGGCGGGCAAGGAGGCAGGCAGGCAGACAUUCCACGGGCCCGCCGUAGCGCUCCUUCGGUGGUUGGCGCCCGGCGCCCCCUCGUCUUCCUCGGCUUCGUCCUCCUUGUCCUCUUCCCUCUCCCCCUCGGCCCGGGCGGCGGUAGCGGCGGCCAUCAUGGCGGCGGGAGGCGGCGGCGCGGGUCCCGAGAUGGUCCGCGGGCAGGUGUUCGACGUGGGUCCGCGCUACACCAACCUCUCGUACAUCGGCGAGGGAGCCUAUGGCAUGGUGUGUUCUGCGUAUGACAACGUCAACAAGGUCCGUGUGGCCAUCAAGAAAAUCAGCCCCUUUGAGCACCAGACCUACUGCCAGCGGACACUGCGCGAAAUCAAGAUUUUGCUACGCUUCCGCCAUGAGAACAUCAUUGGCAUCAACGACAUCAUCCGGGCACCAGCCAUCGAGCAGAUGAAAGAUGUAUACAUCGUACAGGAUCUCAUGGAAACGGACCUUUACAAGCUCUUAAAGACGCAACACCUCAGCAAUGACCACAUCUGUUAUUUCCUUUACCAGAUCCUAAGAGGUUUGAAAUACAUCCAUUCAGCCAACGUCCUGCACCGCGACCUCAAACCUUCUAACUUACUGCUCAACACCACCUGCGAUCUCAAGAUCUGUGACUUUGGCCUGGCACGUGUUGCAGAUCCAGACCAUGACCACACAGGCUUCCUGACAGAAUAUGUGGCCACACGCUGGUACCGAGCACCUGAAAUCAUGCUGAAUUCCAAGGGUUACACCAAGUCCAUUGACAUCUGGUCCGUGGGCUGUAUUCUGGCUGAGAUGCUCUCCAACAGGCCCAUUUUCCCUGGAAAGCACUACCUUGAUCAGCUGAACCACAUUCUUGGCAUUCUUGGGUCUCCAUCACAAGAAGACUUGAAUUGCAUAAUAAAUUUAAAAGCCAGGAACUAUUUACUCUCUCUUCCUCACAAAAACAAGGUGCCAUGGAAUAGACUCUUCCCCAAUGCUGACCCCAAAGCCCUGGAUUUAUUGGAUAAGAUGUUGACGUUCAACCCUCACAAGAGGAUCGAAGUGGAGCAGGCACUGGCCCACCCCUACCUGGAGCAGUAUUACGACCCGAGUGACGAGCCUGUGGCCGAAGCCCCGUUCAAGUUCGACAUGGAGCUGGACGACCUGCCCAAGGAGAAGCUGAAGGAGCUGAUCUUUGAAGAGACGGCUCGAUUCCAGCCCGGAUACCGGACUUAACUUUGUGCAGGGACGCCCCUUCCCAGUUCUCGGUCCCUGGUCGUGUCCCUCCGGCCCGUCUCGGCUUCUCCACUUUCAGCCCCUCCGAGGGGCGCUUCGGUAGUUGUGGCUUCUCUGCUUCUGAUGACUUCUUUCAGCCUGAAGAAUCGUGAUCGACACUCCCGUGUGUGUUCCCCAUUGGUGACCCGUCACCGGCGCCGGCGGCCGUCCCCAGACUCUGGCCGCUCGCCCUCGUCUCGUCUCCUGCUUGCUUCCUGCCGUGAGAGGCACAGCGGCUCCUUCCACUCCCGAACCCGCGCCCGCCCGGCCCGCCACCGGCACCUUGUUUUCUCUCUUUGUCUUUGUGGGAGGCCGCUUAAAGGCGGUGACCUCCCUCGUUUGCACUUGGACUUCCCCGAGCAGGAACCCCAGAGAGCACCCUGAAUUCAGCUUCAGACCCCCUGCGCCACCGCUUUCCCCAGCCUGCGUCCACGGGGCAGCCUCUCCGGCCACUCCUGUAACUGCUCUUUGUCCAGCCCCGGGGAGACGGGGAUGUCCUUCCAAAGGGCCGAGCCGGCCGCCCCAUAGCAUGCUGGGGCCCCUGUGUGCCGGCUCCCCUCCCCAGGCUUGGCCCUUCCAAAGCUCCUGUCUGUGCAGUGGUGAGUGUUUACAAAAGUAUGCAAAAAGGCCCUUCCCGGAGAUGUGGGGCCCUGCCAGGGAGGGAGGGAGGGAGGCCUGCCUGGUGCUGGGAGCAGAGGAGGUGAGGAGGUGCCGCUCUUGCUCUCAGAGCCAGGCUGCCCCGUCUGCUCUCUCCCAGCCCCUGUCCCGGGGCCCUCCUUCCUCGAGGACGCCCCGGGUGUCCCCCUCCUCCUCUCGUGCCCUCCUCGCAUGACUGUUGCUGCUUCCCAGACGCCUGUCUGCAGCGCCCCUCGCCCAUGGGCGGAGACCCCAAAUCUCUCAUUACCUCUGAGUCGUGUCCACUGAGACUCGGGCUUCUCGGGCCCGCUCUCCUCCCCCCUCCCCCUCCCCCGUUCCCCCCCUCCUCCUCCUCCUCCCCUUCCUCCUCUCAUGCCGGCACUCCCGCACUAAGGGGGACUUUGCAUUUUCUCUGGGCUAGUGGGAUGGCCUGUGGCCUGCCUUCCCCAGCUGGGUGUUGGAGGCCACUGGGAGACGCUCUCCUUUGGAAGGGAGCCUCUGGCGGCCUCCCGGCUGUGUGCGGCCUCCCAGCGCCAGCGUGCGGAGGGCCUAGAGAGCUCCCUCCCUCCCUGCCUCCCUGCCUCCGGCUCCCUUUCCCGAGGAGCGUGCAUGACUUUACCUUCCCUGCUGCUCCCGAUGACGCUUCUCCAAUGGAUUUAUCUAGAUUUAGAACUGGAAGCUGUAGGCCAGCCCCCUCGUCAGGCCUACAGAGUUCAAGUGACUCCCCCAAGGUCACACGUGACUCCAGGGCCUGGAUGGGCAGCAGGUCCUCGGCCUCCACAUUCAGCCCUCGUCCCUCUGGGCGUGCUGCUUCCUUUGCCUCAGUACUAAAAGGUCACCCUUGAGACCGCCCUCCCUCCCGGCCUCGGUGGGUCCCUCAUCCGGUGCUCUGGGCAGCCCGCUCGGCUCGCGCCAAGCCCUUCGGCCCCCAGUUUGUAGUCGCCGUCGGCAUCGGGCAUGCCGGCAGAGCCCGCUAGGAACUAGUGGCCUUGGUUGAGACGCUUUCAAACCCCCCCGUGACACCAGAUAUGCAAGACCCCAACCCGGCUCCCCAGCCGGCUCUGACCCCAAAAGGCUUUUAACUGUUGAGCGCUCCUGGCGGCCUGGGGGUCCCCCGCGGGAGGAGCCCCCGAAGCCGGGAGGGACCCCGGAGAGCCCGAGGAAAACACGACACACUGCCCGCCUCGCCCGCCCCACGUAGACCAUUCAGAGCAGCUCUUCAGCUCUUUUUCUUAUGUUGAUCUAAUUUUUAAAGAAUUGGUAACUUUUGUAGUCCGUAGUUCGGUACUAGUGUGUCCGCCUGCACCCGCAAACGCACGUGAUCGGGGCCCUGCGAAGUACUUUUAUAUUUGUAAAUCCCCGUUUCUGAGGAAGCCCCACUUGGUGGGAAAUAUUUUUGUAAAUGCAGCCAUUCAAAACUGUCGGGCAGUCCUGCUGCUGAUCCUUUCUCGGGCUCUUCGACGGCUGUGCCGACGGCGGCCACGAGAGUCCGGCCAGCCCGGGAGGGCGCGUGAGAGCGGCGGCCGCUCGAGCGGGGGGCCUUCGCCCGGCGCGUCCCAGAAAACAAGCAACGGCUUUGUAUGUACCUGCUUUGUCUUGUCGGUGCCUUUUAGUAUUGUACCCUUAACCUCUGCAUAAGUGACUUCAUGGAUGCUAAGUUUUAAAGAACACGGAAAAGGGAGAUUUUUAUUAAGAAUCUGAAUGUAUAUUAUUCAUUGUAUUGUUUCAACUUAACAUAUCUCUCGUGGCAUUUUGUGAGCUGGUUCAUCUGUAUAAAACGGUUGUAAGUAGCAAAGGUUUAUCUUCCAGUGGAUCCUUUGGCUGUCCUACCUUUGGAAAAAACAAACUUGAUUCAUUGAAUGUUUAUGGCUUUUUGACAUCAAAUCAUUAAAUUGUGGCCCUGUCUCACCCAAA